ACAACCGACGGCUCACCUAAAUGAUCAACGCGCCAUUUUCGUUCGAAGUGUUUAUAUUUUGAUGACCCUCUUAGCUCUAGUUGCCGGUAGAGCUAUGUAAAAACACGUCUGUUUGCUUCCAACGUAUUGUAAUCUGCAUUAGUCCAGAACGGCACGGUAGAAUGCCUCAUUCCUGUGCCUAAACUGUUCCACACAACAAACAACAGAGUAAUGGAGUUAUCAAGCCUUUUCCUCUGUUAGGAGGAGUGCAACCAUGGCCAGUCCUGGAAAGUUUGCUGUGUACAUCAACAAGUCCUGUUCAACCGGUCCAUUGCUUGACCCUAACAAAGUUGCCAGUCUCACAACUUCUUACCAUGGCACGUUACCAGUUGUCAUUAAGGAGGUGAUGGAGUCAUUGAUUAACUGUAGCUACAACAAAAAAGAAGCAUUCAAAUGCUUGCCUCAGGGCAAUGGUCGAAUAAGGAUUUCAACCUGUUAUGAAGGCAAGGAACUCGGGUGUUUCCUUAGGACAGUUGAUAGAAGGGCAAAGUUUUGGCAAAAUAUUGUGGAGUUUCUCGAUGAACUUGGUUGUUGUGAGAACCUUGUAACCGAAGCACAGCAAGAAAAAGGCAAUUGUAGCCAAUGCUGUGGAGGAAUACGUAGGCCAGCCACAAGAAUAAAGCACAGAAAAGAAAGUGAUAGUGAUGAGUCAGAUAUAACACCAGUCAAAAAAAGAAAAACAACAAUGCGGUACCCCUCUGUACAAAAUCAUCCUCUCAAGCACUUGGCUAUAGUCAUCCCAAAACUCCCUUUCCAAACAACCAGACAUUGUCUGCAACAACAAUCCAAGGAUGUACAAGAUGUAAAACAAACAAUGACAGAACUUACAUUAUCCUUUCCGAGUCCACAUGGUUCAGUGGAGCCUAGUAAUGAUGUCAACAUCUUAAGAUCUCCUUUCAAGUCGCUCUUUCCUGGUAGUUUGAGUCCGUCUUUAUCACUAGGUAAUGAUAUGAGAAUGUCAUUCUCUUCGGAACUAUCUCCAAGUACCCAGGUUGAAGAAUUAAGUGUGCUAAACAACAAGGAACACCCCUUCUCAGUAGAAGAUGGUAUGACAAGUGUAUUUGAUUAUGAGAAUGCUGAUGAAGAAAGCAUGCCAACAAGCUUUGAUGAUGUCUUCCCUCAGGAUGACAACACCCAGACAUCAAAUAAAAAACAUUUUUCAACUAAAAGUCCUGUGAAAGAGCUGUUUCCACCAAGUAUUCUUACUUCACCUGAUAAAAGUCCCAGAGGGCGUAGCAGUGAGAAGUCCAGUUUGAUAAGGCAGCCUGUGUCCACUGAUAGUGGCACAGCGCAGGAGUUCUCUGGUCCCAGUGAAGAAACCCUAUACCCUGGAAGUUUGGAGACUGGAAGUUUGUUGGUUGGCAAUAUAUCGCAGAGAGCCAGUGGUUGCGAAGGUGAUGCCUAUGAACAGAUACAGAAACUUGUUGAGGAAAAGAAAAGGUUGGUAAAGACAGCCUUGAAGCUUACAAGUGUUCUGAAGAAUAUUGCGAAUAAACGUCACAUUGAUAGACUAGCUCUUGAAGAUUAUAACCCUUUCGGUUCACCUCUUAAUAUCCAGUUAAAUGAUGAUGACAAUGAAGAUGAUGUAAGUGUUGAACCUGAAUCAACAACAUCUGACAGCGAACAUGCAAUUGGGCAUUUGAAAAUUUUUGUAGCUGAUGAGCAGGUGACUUCCUCAACUACAGAAGGAGAAAAAGGUAGGAUAAACACAGAUAAAGCAGGAAGGAGUAAACAAGAUGCAAAUCAGAACAGUGUGUCGUCGACAGAUGCUUCGACUGAUGAUGGUGACCAGUUGGUAAAGGAGCUUUUGUCGAUUGUUAAAGAGGAACCACCCAUUAGCGUGAUUGACAACACAUCAGGCAACAGCACAUACGGCGCUAAUGAGCAACAAAUUGCUGCUACUGAAUUAAUGUCACCGCUGAACCAUUACGUUUCUUUGCCUAAUCAAUCAACAUUGGAUAGCACUUCAACUAUUAACAGUGAUGCAACAUCAUCAUCCUUCAUCUCUUCGCAAUUGCUGCAGACACCAAGCAGUACAGUGCUUCUGUACUCAAACCCAAGUUUUGGUCGAUCGGCACCAAGAAUCUCAGGUGUAGAAUCACCACUUAUUGGGAAUGACCUUGGUCAAAUCACUUCACAAGCAAUUGGUUCCAACAUUAGGCAAGACGUUGCCAAUGUGUCAUUGCCUUUACAAAUGCCAAUCUCAAAUCCAAAGACAUCCGUGCCCCAGGGAGGGGCUACACCGAUGCAAUUUGGCUACCAGGGCUAUGGGCCAUUGCAGCAUAACUAUGGUGACAUGAACACCAUUUUUCCAGAAGCACACAAACAACAACAACUAGCAUGGCAGGGAAUGAAAUCAAGAGAUGCAUUGAUCAGGGGUAGUAUCAAUCAGCAAUGGAAUGGACAAACAACCACCCCUUUUCAACCAUUUCAACCUGGUAACCAGCCAUUAUCCCAAUCAUCAUGCCUUAAUUCAAGCAGCACCAACCUAAUCCAACAAGCACAGGCCAUUGCUCUUCCAGAAGCAUUAGCAAGACAACAAUUCACUUCUUUGACAGACACAGAUCUUGCAUCACAAGGCAUUGGCCCCUCAAGGACGUUAAUAAGACAACCAUCAAACUCUUUGGCAGAAACCCAAUUUACAUCACAAUCUAACCAGAGAAGUAACAUCAACUUGCCUAACUUGUCCCUGAUGAACAGCACCCAGAUUUAUCCCAUUAGCACGGCAAAUUUCACCACUUCACAAAUCAUUCAAGGAAUCACUACUACAGUGCAAAGUUAUCUACAGCAUCCAAAUUCAACAGCCAACUUGCAAACUUAUGCAUUAGGUUCCAACAAGUUACAAGGCAGUUCCUCAACAGCUAGCCAGCUUUAUACAAGAAGUACCUUAGCAACAAACCAACCGCAUAGUUUGACCUUGACAGGCAACCAAUUUUUGAAAAAUUCCUUAGCAACCGACCAUGCCCAAACUGGUGUCUUAGCAACCAACCAAAUGCAAAGGAGUGCCCUGGCAACAAGGCGGGUAAAUGGUGCUAUGGCAACCAAUCAAAUGCAAAGGGGUGCCUUAGUAACUAACCAGGUACAUAGUGGUGCAAUGGCAACCAACCAAAUGCAAAGAAGUUCCUUAGAAACUAACCAAGUAUAUAGUGGUGCUAUGGCAACCAACCAAAUUCGAAACCAAUUUCAAAGAAAUACUUUAGCGACAAGCCAGCUUUAUACAGGAACCACAUCAAUGGGCCGGAUUCAAAGGAGCACUUUAACAACGAAUCCAUUUAAUAUUAGGACCUUAGCAAUGAAUCAGAUGGAAAGGAAUGAUUUAGCAACCAAUCAGGUGAAUUUAACAGCAAACCACAUGCAAAACAGGGCCUUGGCCAAUAAUCAGACAGAUUCUUUAGGCCAUCAGAUGGGAGCCACUUCAGACCAAAGUAAUCCCUCUGCCCCACAAAACACCACCCGGAUUUGCCCUGUGUUGGGUCCUAGUAUAACAUCUAGGGAACUUGGUAUGUAUCAGUUGUACCAUUUGACAACCCCAGGUCCCAUCCCACGCCCUAAAGUAUCAACUGUCCAUUUCAACAACAAAGUAAUGUUGAUCUGGACCAUGGAGUUCCAAGAAAACUCUCCCAAUAUCAGUCUUUAUGAGUUGUAUGCCGCUGAAAUACGACAAUGGGAGGAAAUUUUAAUAAGUACACAAUGGAGGAUUGUUGGCGCGAUGAAGGCACUUAAACUUCCAAUGGCUUGUACCCUGACAAAUUUAAACAUUGGUAUGAAAAGUAUCUUUAUUGUUAGGGCUGUGACAGAGAUGGGACAAAGAGGAGCUUUCUCAAAAGAGUGUACUGUUCAUUUUUCACAAAACAGUUAAGUUAUCAUUCUAAAGCUCUUCUUGUAGAGUUGGGUACAAGCUUAGGCCUUAGGUGACAUCAUCCCUUGUCUGUUGAUACCAAUAAUUUUAUACCUGCCAACUCUCUGGUAAUCUGUACUCUAACCCUCUUAAACUCAAAGUGACAAAAUUUAUUUUGGCUUACUUAAGUCAGUAAAUAGCCUUAAAUGUUGCACUUUGCAUCCAACCAAGCCAUGUUCUGUGAAAAUUCAAACAUUGACAAAAUUGAGGAGUGGUUUAAGCAUUUUGGGAGUCCUCUGCAAAAGUUCUUAGAAUAUUCAAAAUUGCAAUAACUAGAAUUCUCCAAGUUUGUAACUCUUUGAAUUUAUAGCCUUCAAAGCAUUGGCAGCAAAAUUCAGGAGUGCCUCAAGGUUCAAGUGUUAGGUUUUUUUUACACAAGUAUUUAAAAGAUAAAAUUUUGUUAUAACAAAUGAGUAAAUAAAAUAGUGUACUGUAUGUAUGUAGUACACUGUAUCAUCAUGUUUAGAUCUAGGGGAUGGCCUGAGCGGGUUGCAACUCCCCUAAUCUCGGAGAUCUGGUUUGAAUAUAAAAAGAAAUAUAAGGAAAUCCAUAAAAAGAAAACAAUUAUUCCCCCCUUGAACUCCUUGCCCUCCCCCUCUCCCAUUGUAAUUCCUGGAUAGCAACAUUUAUGUUGUGUUUAUAGAAAAUUGUCUAAUACUACUAUCAGUGAACUACUCUCACCCCUUGACAUUCUGUCUCAGGGGUGAACUGUAGAAAGGGGGAGUGAGGGGAAAAAAGGGUGUUACCAGCAGCGUAGCCAGGAUUUUAAUCAGGAGGGGGGCCAAAAGGCCCUUUCAAAGGCAUUUAUUCCUGUAUUUUAGAUAAUGUCUUGUACUUUUACUGUAUUUUUUUUUCUUCUAGAAGGGGUGGGGAGGGGGGCCCUGAGCCACCCCCAUGGUUACUGAAGUAACAGUUUAUCCAUCCUCUGGGACCAAGGGCUUUGUGGAGAUCGGGCACAGGGAGCAUGCGAGAUAGCUCUUUCUUUCUUGCCUGCUCUCUGUGUGCCCUAUCUCUGCAACGCCCUGGGUCCCUGAGGAUGCGGUUCAUUAUAGUUUAUCAUAAAGGGUGUCUAAUUGCAGAUCUCUUCAACUGCAAAUAAUAACUAUUUUUUCUCUUUUCAAUAAAGAUUUUUAAAUAAA